GCUUAGGAUCCUAACCUUAGGUAGGCCAAUAAGGCCAAUAAGGCGCUAAAAGUAUGUGUCGCAAAGAUGCAAGUUACAUCAUCUGCUGCCCAUCCUGCCGCCCCACCAAGCACAUGUACCAUGCAGCAUGUACGUAUGUACGCAGGCAGUCGCAGACCAGCAAGGCAUAGGGACAUAACUAGCAUAUAUCGUACAGAGAAAGGACGAUUUAACAAAUAUUUAAACUAUUGCUAACGUCCCACCAAAUCCGAGUAACGUACUCUAACUCUAAUCUCCCCAUCUAAUUAUUCCAUAUUCAAAUCCAAAAUCAAUCUUCUUUUCGCAACACCCUACUUCUUCUACCUUCCACAAUGACGACUUUCAAGAGUACCCCGCUAUACGGAGGAGCUCUCAUCUGCGACCUCCCAGCUAGCUUCGCCGACGUGAGUCUUAUAAGACAAGUUCCCGACCACCAAGAAGCAUAUAUCGACAAAGAUGGCUUCACCAGCAUCAUCUUCGAUAUCAACGAGCGCGUUGGCGGCCCGGGCAGCGGCCCAGAGAUAGACGGUCGCGCCUUGACCACGCACCUUGAGGAACUUGUUGGAGAAGACCUCGAGAACGUCAAGGUCUGGAAUACCACACCCACUGUGUUCUCCCGCCUAGACGACGAGAUCCCCGCUUAUACGCUGAUCGCAACACACACGACGCAAAAGCCCGAUAAGCACACGGACGAUAAGCCCCAGCGGCCGGUCAGCAAGACGGACUUCACGGCUAUCAUCUUGACGCUGGUACGGCUAGAGCGCGAGAAGACGGACCUACUUAUCACUAUCAACGUACCGCAUAUCCGCGGCGAGUACGACGAGGAUGACGUCGACCUUCAGCUCGGCAAGCAGGGCAAGCUCAUCGGCGACGCCGUCGAUUACGCCGCUAAGAUCUGGGAGACUUUCAAAGUUAAGGACUGGGGUCUCUUCAACGAGGUCUAAGCGGCGAAAAAAAAGUUGGGAAAUAAUGGGAUUUGUGAUGGGAUAUACUACAUUACCAACGGGAGUGUAGAAAUACCUAGCGUUGUCAUGCGACUAACCGGGUUUAAAUUAGAAAGAGUAGGAAUCACAAGAAGGGAAGAGCAUGACGAGACUUUGCUAGGGGAAAUUUCAAUGGAUGCCAUUUCCUUUGUUUGUCCAUGUCCCGCAGCCUCUCUGGGCUUCGGCUUUGAUACGAAUCACGAACGAGUACUUAUGGAUAGGGAAGGACUAGCAUGCAUAUUCGGCGGUAGGAAUGUUAAAGAAAUGGAUAUGGAUAUGACAUAUGAACCAUUGCUUUAGGUAGAUAGGGAGGGGUUUUAGUCUCGCGUUCGGUACCUACCUAGGGAGUUAUGUAGCCUAGAUAGUAUCCCAAUUACCCUACGACUAG